CCAGACAGAGACAAGACCGAGAGCAGACUUGGUUCGGUGGCGCAGCAGAGUGUGUUGUAAUUCGGUUCUCGACGCAUUUUGGGGGACAGAUUUAUGUGAUUUCGGUGGCAACAAUUGCAAAACAAGUGCGGUAAAAAGAGUGUCGUCGCGAAGGUUGUUCCUGUGAGAAUUGCUGCCAGGACCCCGCCAAGGUUGCAGUUCUUUGCGGGGGUGUGUGUUUUUGAAGAAGCUGAAUUCUAAAAGAUUGACGUGACUAUUAAAUUCGUGGGCGAAAAAGAACCGAUUGCGUCAACAGCAGCGCUGAAAUUACGCAUCAAUUGAAGUGAGAGAAUAAAAAUGCCUCACCUCAAAGGGGGCAGAAUGUUCUGCAGAUUGAUUGAAUCCCAGUGAGUGAGUUCAAGGAGAUCGCCGGGAUCGUUAACCAUCAGCUGUUUGGAAAAGUGUGCGUGGGUGGUGACGGACAAAGCAGGCGGCGCUCCGGGGUUGACAGGACAGCUGAUUGAAGAGAGAGAGUGCUGCGAGAGAGUGGAAGUGGGAGAGAGGGCAAUGUUUUCCUUUCUUCCUGCGUCGUCGUCGUCGGCGGUGUCGUAAAUGUCUCAUCAGCUUUUGUUUACCCGAGCACAACAACAGAGGCGACGACGACGGCGGCGGCAGCCACGGCUACUACGAUCGGUGGUGUGCGUUGCGGGCGAGGAUCGGGUCAAAGUUGGCCAAGCCACUAGCUGAAGAAGAGUGAAAAAGGUGGUCGGAAGAACAAAGAAAAUCAGUAUCGUCCUCGCACGGGGAGUGAAAGAGAGAGAGAGAUUGGAGUGAACUUGGAAUAUCAGUUAUCAGGAAGAGAUGGCAGACUUCGAUGCGAUCUACGAGGAGCAGGAACUGGCCGAGCCGGAGGACCUGGACGAGGCCCACGUCCAGAUGGUGCCGGAUCCGAUUGUGAUACGGGGCGCCGGAAACAUGACAGUCUUCGGCCUGAGCAACCGCUUCAACGCGCAGUUCCCAGCCGGUCUGGUGUCGCGCGUCGCCCCCGAGGAGUUUAAGGCCACCAUCCAGCGCAUCAACGCCGUCCUCAAGAAGACGCUCCCCGUCAACGUCAAGUGGCUGUUUUGCGGGUGCGUGUGCUGCUGCUGCACCCUCGGCUGCUCCCUGUGGCCCGUGAUAUGUCUGAGCAAGAGGACACAACACACGAUGAACAAACUGCUCGAGUGGGAGAAUAGUCAUCUGUACCACAAGCUGGGCCUGCACUGGCGGUUAAGUAAACAGCAGUGCGACUCCAACUCGAUGAUGGAGUACGUGCUGCUGAUAGAGUUUAUACCCAAGACGCCGAUCUACCGGCCGGAUUAGGCGCGCGGUUUCCUUGUUUUUAAAUGUGGUCUCUAUUAUUAUGUAAAGAAACAAACACAAACACAAAAAAUUAUGAAUUCUAGCAAGUACAUGCUGAACACGAAGAUACUAGAGAGUAGCUGUUUCCUUUUUCUAUUUGUUUCGCUCGUUUUUUUUUAUCCAGAACUUGAGAUAUCGACACACAGUUUAUUUUAGUAGUCAAACUAAUGCAGAAGCAACAGUAAACACAGACACAUUUAUCUACUCAAAAAAUGCAAUACAGAAGUUAAAGACGAAUCUGCAAGUGAGGACGGCAGUUUUUGGUCGCGUAAAUAAAAUUUUUGUGUAGAAACAAACCGUAAUUUUUUUAGCGGGUAGAGCUUACUGGUUGCGCUAACAAAUUAAAAGUCGAAACUGAAAACUAGAUUUCGGUGAGCUUUACAUUGACGGAAGGAAAAAGCGAAUGAAUUGGGGGCACUCAAGUGAUCUUAGCGAAAAAAAGAAAAAAGUUUUUUGAAAGAAGUGAGGUUGAUAAAAAAAGGCAAACGAGCAAAAAUAAGAAAGGUUAGACGCCUAGGAUUAGGACAAAUGAUUGUGUAUAGUGUAUAGUGCGAGUUGUUUAGACGUUUAAGUGCGAGUUAAGUAAUAAUAAAAAAAUACAAAAUGAUAGCAAACUA